AUGGAUUACCAUCUAGUCUCUGUAAUUGUGUGUGCCUUGGGCCUCACUGCCGGAGUGACGGCUCUAUCAUACGGUGACCCCGUGACCAAGUCUCCCUUUGAGAAGAAGUUUUCUCAGGAGUUUCGCGAUGGAUAUAGCAUUCUAAAGCACUAUGGUGGAAAUGGGCCUUAUUCAGAGAGAAGGUCAUUCGGUAUUUCACGCGACCCACCGGAAAGCUGUGCCGUCGACCAAGUGAUCAUGAUUAGGCGACAUGGAGAGAGGUACCCGUCACCAGCACUCGGCGGGGGCAUCGAAAAGACAUUGGCAAAAUUGCAAAGCUCUGGCGUUGAAGAGUUCAAGGAUGAUCUCGCCUUUUUCAAUGACUGGUCCUACUACGUUCCCAACAAGUGCUACUACAACGCCGAGACCUUCAGCGGGCCCUACGCAGGUCUUCUAGAUGCCUACACCCACGGCACGGAGUACCGUGAUCGAUACGGCCACUUGCUGGAUGAAGAUUCCGUCGUACCAUUUUGGAGCAGUGGAUAUAGACGCGUUAUUUCCAGCGCUCGCAAAUUCGGUGAAGGCUUCUUUGGGUACAACUAUUCGACAAACGCCGCUCUCAAUAUUAUCUCCGAGUCGGAGAGCAUGGGAGCCAACAGCCUGACCCCUUCUUGUGAUACCGACAAUGAUGAUACCACUUGCGAUAACUUGACCAAUCCCAUGCCGCAGUUCAAAGUUGCAGCGGCACGCUUGAAUUCUCAAAACCCUGGUCUCAGUCUCAACGAAUCUGAUGUGUACUACCUGAUGUCUAUGGCUUCCUUUGAGCUCAAUGUCCCUGCCUUUUCAGAAUGCAUCAAUGUAUUCACCCAGGACGAGUGGGUGAGCUUCGGCUACGUCGAAGACAUGAACUAUUACUACUGCGAUGGACCUGGUGAUAAGAAUAUGGCGGCUGUCGGCUCUGUCUAUGCCAACGCUAGUUUGACCCUUCUUAAUGAAGGCCCCGAGAAGGCAGCCCCUCUCUACCUCAACUUUACCCAUGACACAAACAUCACACCGAUCCUCGCCGCUCUAGGUGUCCUGGUUCCAGACGAGGACCUCCCAUUGGGCCGGGUUCCAUUUGGUAACCCCUACUCCACUGGCGACAUCGUUCCUCGGGGUGGUCGAUUCACGAUCGAACGUCUUAGCUGCAACGCCACUGCGCUAUCAAAGGCAGGGUCAUUCGUUCGCUUGGUCCUCAACGAGGCCGUAUUUCCAUUUAGAAAGUGCACAUCUGGCCCUGGCUAUUCCUGCACUCUGGAAGAUUACACCUCGAUUGUCUCGAAGAAUCUUUUAGACUACAAGUCUACUUGCAAGAUCCCUUCGUCAUACCCACAGUCUCUUGACUUUUGGUGGAGUUAUAACACUACUACGGAGCUGAAUUAUCGCACCACUCCUGUUGCGUGCCAGGAAAGCGACGCCAUGCAGUGA